AUGACUUUAAAAAACUUGGAGAACCUUAACCCUCGCAUUAUGAAACAAAUUAUACCAUUGAUUGAGCAACUUCCUCCUUUGUACAUGGAGUUGGCUAAUGGAAGAGACAAUUUCUCUCCACAACCAGAUGAAACUCAAAGACUGGUGCUUAGCUUAGAGUCUGCCAUUAGUUUAGUGUUGGAUAUGUUAAUUCGUUCACUCCCUGGUGAUCAUGAACUUCCUUUACAACAGGCUUUGCCAGAUGUCCCAGCGGGAAUGGUGGAUGCUGUAAAUAGGGGUGGGGAGCUAUUUGUAAAUUUAACUGCAGGGACACUUGAACAGAUAACUUAA